GAAAUGGACCGUAAAAUUGCAGACUUCUCUGGGACGUGGAAAAUGAAGACUUCUGAAAACUUUGAAGAGCUCCUGAAAGCAUUGGGUGUGAACGUGUUUGUCAGGAAGAUAGCCGUGGCUGCAGCCUCCAGGCCUGCAGUAGAGAUCACCCAGCAGGGAGAGAGCCUCUCCAUCCAGACCUCCACCAGCGUACGCACCACCCAUGUCUCCUUCACCGUGGGACAGUCCUUCAAUGAGACCACAGUGGACGGACGCCUCUGCACGAGUACCCCUCGCUGGGAGACAGAUAGCAAGAUCAGCUGUGAGCAGAUUUUGCAGAAAGGGGAGGGCCCUAAGACUGCCUGGACCCGUGAAGUGACCAAUGAUGGUGAACUGAUUUUGAUAAUGAGCGCCGGGGAUGUCCUGUGCACCAGAGUGUAUCAGCGAGAAUGA